AUGGCCGAGGAGCCGCCGAAACGGCGCCUGGUGGUCACGGAGGUGACGCGGGGCCGCAACGGCGGGCCGGGCAUCCUGGCCCUCGGGCUCGGGGCGCCGCGCGCGGCACCGGCCGCGGUCGGCGUGGGUCGCCGCGGCGCCGCGCAACCGCCGCCGCCGCCGCCGCCAGAGUCGUCCGACGAGGAGGAGGUCCAGGAAGAGUACGUGGACGAGGACGGCGAGUCGUCGGACGACGACUUCCGCAACGACCCCUACGGCGUGAAGAGGGCCGAGAGAAAGCAAAAAGCGGCGGAACUCAAGAAGUGGAGGGAGAAUAGGAAGGCGCUGGAGUUGAAGGACAAGUCGUCCGAAAGGCGGCAGGCCCUGAUUGCGGGCCUCUCGCGGACGGGCGUGGGGAGUUACACGUCGUCGUCGCACCGGGGCGAGGCGGGCGAGCGAGUCGUCUUCGAAGAUGCGAAACUCUUGUAUGUGAAAACGAGCUCGGAAACGAGCAAGUUCGGUUCGAAGUACAAGAGCGCGGACCGGUGCAUAGAAUUAACGCCAGCCGGGAUCGCUCGAGAGAAUCGCGACUGUCUACAGGCAGAGAUUGCGAGUCACCCGUCGCUUCCACACAGAGAUUUAUGUAUUCAUCGUGGACGACAAGGACGUCGUCAUGUGGCGCACGAGCGACACGAACAAGGAGGCGAAGUUAUUAGCUCCCGGUUUUAUCGUCGACUUUGUUGGUACUGUUUCCGACCAGUCGACGGACGGCGGCGUGAACGUCACGACGGUGACGGGCUUGAAGGUGCUCAUCGUCGACGGCGCCCGCGUCGCGCCGACGCCCAAGCCGGAGAAGCGCAAGAAAGGAGCCGAGGACGGCGACGACGACGACGACGACGAGCCGGCGGCGGCGGCCAAGAAGGCGCGCGUCGCGGAGGGCGACGAGACCGACGACGGCUGA